UCAUGGCAGUAAUCUUCAUCUUCAUACCAUAGCUAGAGAACAUACAAGUAAUCAUCUUUGAAAAAAAUAUGACUUCCAUAAUUAAGAACCUUUUUAGUAUUUAUAUGGUCUUUCAUCUUAUUUCGACCCUAGCUUGUGAAGCUAGAUCAUUACGUGUUACACCAAACUUUGUUCAAAGAAAAGGAACAGAAUUUAUGCUUAAUGGGUCACCUUUUUUAUUCAAUGGUUUUAAUUCUUAUUGGAUGAUGAACGUAGCUUCUGAUCCAAAUCAAAGAUAUAGAGUUUCCAAUGUGUUUCAAAAGGCUUCAGCUGCCGGUCUCACUAUAUGUCGUACAUGGGCAUUCAGUGAUGGUGGCAAUCAAUCUUUACAAAUAUCCCCUGGCCUAUACAAUGAGCAAAUGUUUCAGGCAUUGGAUUUCGUGAUAGGUGAAGCAAAGAAGAAUGGGGUGCGUUUGAUAUUGAGUUUGGUGAACAAUUAUAAGGAUUUUGGAGGAAGGCCUCAAUAUGUGGAGUGGGCUAAUAGUACUGGAAUUCCCGUCAAUAACGAUGAUGAUUUUUACACAAAUCAUGUUAUUAAGGGUUACUACAAAAAUCAUGUCAAAACAGUGUUGACGAGGAUAAACACAAUCACUAAAAUUGCUUAUAAAGAUGAACCAACCAUCAUGGCUUGGGAACUAAUCAAUGAACCACGUUGCCAAGUUGAUUACUCUGGAAAAAUCAUUAAUGAAUGGGUUAAGGAGAUGGCACCAUAUGUAAAAUCUAUUGACAAAAAACAUUUGUUAGAGGUUGGAUUGGAAGGAUUCUAUGGAGAUUCUAUUCCAGAUAGGAAACAAUAUAACCCUGGUUUUCAAGUUGGCUCUGAUUUUGUUAGUAACAAUCUCGUUAAGGACAUUGACUUCGGAACAAUCCAUGCAUAUCCUGAUAAUUGGUUAGCCGGACAAAAUGACACCAUGCAAAUGGAAUUUAUGCAAAGAUGGAUCACGAGUCAUUUGCAAGAUUCCAGAACCAUCUUGAAAAAACCAUUGGUGUUUACAGAAUUUGGGAUGUCGAAGAAUGACUCGGGGUAUAGUAUCGAAGCAAGAGAUUCAUUCAUGAAUACAGUUUAUUCAAGUAUAUAUAGUUUGGCGCAAAAUGGAGGGACAUUCGCCGGGGGAUUGGUUUGGCAACUUUUGGAUGAAGGAAUGGAUUCAUAUGACGAUGGAUAUGAAAUUGUUUUGACUCAAAAUCCUUCUACGAGCAGUGUUAUUAGUCAACAAUCUUCUAAAAUGAUUGCCCUUGAACAUACUUUGAGCAACAAACACUAAAUUUGAAGGACAUGUGAUCUCGAUCUCUUAAAAGAUUUCCUGCCUUUUUCUUGGCGUAAAUUUAUGUUGCUGACAUUAAAGCGUAGAUUUUGAUUAGAUACAAUUUAGAUUCUUUAUUUAUGUAAUUCAUUUCAUGUUAUUUAAGAAAAAGCACUGAUAUAUAAAUAAAUAUUCAAUGCAA